GGCAGAAAGGCAGGCCUCGGGAUUCCCCCUCCCAGUUCUCCCCUCGUUCUGUUGGAAUGCUACAGAGUGUUCCCAAGGCUUGGAGGCCAGCCUUCCCCGCUUGUGCCGCUGUCGGACUGAACGUGGCAGCUUAGCAGCUGGUUGUCUCCCGCUUCAAAUGGGCCAGCCCCUCGGUUUACCCAUCGGAGACUGACACCAGCGUGCCACAUGCUGCGGCAAAGGGAGUUCUUUUCAGAAAGGAGGCACGGCCAUAAGGGAAAACUUAUGGAUAUCACCUCUACUGUUGCUCUUCCGCUGCUCUUUGGCAGCCUGGGGGUCUUUGGCCUCUUCCGGCUACUCCGGCGGAUGCGGGCGAAAGCCUACCUCAAGGAUGCCGUGGUGGUGAUCACGGGAGCAACCUCUGGACUUGGAAAAGAAUGUGCCAAAGCUUUCCAUGCAGCCGGGUCAGAACUGGUGCUGUGUGGCAGGAACAGAGAGAGGCUGCAGGAUCUUCUAGAAGAGCUCUCCACCACCACCGGCCACGUCCGAAACCCCCAUAAGCAUCACACAGUCAUCUUUGAUCUCUCAGACAUCAAAGCGGUGGUCCGUGGUGCUGAAGAGAUUUUGAAGUGUGUGGCCCACGUGGACGUCUUGAUCAACAACGCUGGGAUCAGUUACCGGGGAACCAUUGUGGACACGGCCGUGGAGGUGGAUCGGAAAGUAAUGGAAACCAACUACUUUGGCCCAGUGGCUUUGACCAAAGCACUUCUGCCAUCCAUGAUCAAGAGGAGGAAAGGACACCUUGUUGUGAUUAGCAGCGUUCAAGGGAAAUUUGGCCUGCCUUUCCGGUCUGCAUAUGCAGCUUCCAAGCACGCUACCCAAGCUUUUUUUGACUGCCUGCGAGCAGAGGUGGAGCAAUAUGGGAUUGACGUGACCGUCGUGAGCCCCAGCUAUAUUCAGACGAACCUGUCCCUGAAUGCCAUCACAGCAGACGGAUCCCAGUAUGGAGUGAUGGACAAGACAACCAGCAAAGGCAAGGCAGCUGCUGAUGUGGCUCAGGCGGUUCUCAACGCGGUGGGAGAAAAGAAGGAGGAGGUGCUGGUGGCUGGCAUUGUCCCUUCCCUGGCAGUCUACCUCCGAGCGCUGUGGCCCAGGUUGUUUUUCACCUUGAUGGCAUCUAGAGCCCGAAAGGAGACAAAAGCCAAGGAUUCUUAGCCCAACAGGGAAUCUGCUCAACCCUCUGUCAAAUUUCUGACUGCAAGACCGAGCUGUCAAGGGUCCAUGAGAGGCAUGAACAUGGUGUGCCUUGUAUAUCCCUUUUUUCGUGAACAGUUGAAUCCAAGCUUGUACAGCAUGCCAUCUUGAAGAACGUGACAGAAGAAAGAUUUUAUCUCUUGAGAGGAAAAGAUCUUGACCAGAGGGCAGUUUGCACAUUGAAAUAAACAACGGCUGCCCUCAUAGCUCACCUCCCAAUCACUUAUGUUGGGGCAGAUGCAGCAAGCAGCUUGCUAGUAAGAGCUUAGUAUUCUCAACGGCUUCUUGGCUGUUCGCAUUGCCUGCAUUUAGCCCUGGCAAUGAGGGGAAAGUACAGGAUUCCUGCUGUCUCUACCAUUGUUUCUCCUGAACAAACAGAACCCUUUGCAGAUGGCAUCUAUCCAGAGAAAGAACACUUUAUAUUAUUAUUUUGACUACCCAAAUUCUUCAGCCAGUAUGGCCAAAUGCAGCUUCUCCAAAGCUCUGAUCUUUACAUUAGAGGGAGGUUCAGGCAAACAGCUGAAAUUAAAGCAGUUCAUGUUAUGCAUCUUU